CCUCCCCGCUACCGUCCCCCCAUCCCGUACCAAAACCCUAACCCUAACCUGCCCCCCGCCGCGGUUGACCCUUCUUCCUUCCCGCGCCGCUUGCCCUCCGCCGCUGCCGCCGGCCCUGCGUGGGCUGACUCGCCCGUCUCCGCCUACAUGCGCUAUCUUGAGAGCUCUCUCCUCGGCUCCGACACGUCCCGCCAACCUCAUCCCCAGCCACAGCAGCACCUGCCGCCCCUUCCGUCCCCGGGACUGCUUCCCUCUCCGCGCCCCCCGAUCCCCUUGCCGUCCCCGAGGGCAGUCGCGAAUUCGAGCUUUAUGCCUCCUCCUCCUUCCCCGUCAGCAUCGGCCCUGCCUUCUCCCAGCACGUUCUUGAACAUCCUCUCGCCGAGAUCUCCUUAUCCGCUGCUUUCACCCGGGUUCCAGUACCCUCCGCCGCUGACCCCCAACUUUGCUCUCUCACCAUUGUCUCAAUCUGGGAUCCUGGGGGCUGGACCAGUUCCUGGUCCGCAUCCACCACCCUCUCCCGGGCUCUGGUUCCCUCAAUCGCCCUCUGGAUUUUUACCCAUUCUGAGCCCCAGAUGGAGGGAUAUGUUGUAGCUCCCAAGUGUGACCGGUGUUCCUCCACCACCUUUUCUUACAAGGUAGCAAAGACUUUCUCCUGUAUCAAAGUGUUGCAAAGUGUAGCAAUUUUAAUAUCUAUGUAUUGGUCUGACCAAAGUCACCACGCAAGUGUUCAAGAAGACGAUGCAACUUUGGUUCUGGAAAUUACCUUAAAGCUGUAUGCAGUACAGAGUACUGGGAGUUCAAGAUGAUGGAAGUGUAACGAGAAAUGAGGCAGGGUUUUCUCAUUUCCAAAGGAAAAUUUGGUUUGUGAUGUCUCUGCAAGACUUGUUUAUAUGUGGGCCGUGUGAAUAGGAGGAUCUCAAGGAGCAAAGAAGAAGAUGUCCGUGCCUCGGAUAUUGUUCGAUGGAACAGAGUAAGGUGGUGGGAUGGUGUACGCUUUGUGUCGUGAUGCAGUGAGUCAGAGUUUGGGAUAUUCGUGUACAGACCCCUAAAUUUUGCCGCUCCGCAUGCUUAGUUCUUAAGGCUUCUCGCUGUCGGAGUCUUCUUGCUUUCUCGAUUCCAUCAUCUUCGCGCUCUAUAUGCUCAGAGAGAGAGAGAGAGAGAGAGAGAGAGAGAGAGAGAGAGAGAGAUCAUAAGGGGCUUUUGGUCCCGUAACAUGACGGUCGACACACGGUCAACUAACCGCGGUUAAACUCUUUGCACAAAUUGGCGAUUUAGAAGUUAUGGCAAGGAUGUAUUUGCAAAUAUGAAACUGAAUAGGGGGUUAUGUACGCAUAUAGAUGGGUUUGGAGGAGUAUAUAUGCAAUUUCGCUGGUGUGAUAGGAAGGAAACUGAAGGCGCUAAAGGAAGAGGAGGAGGCACGUUCCACCAAACGAUCUUCCCAGUCGCUCGCCCAUCUCGCAACCCCCUUUGAUUCGAUUCGAGUAGCCGACGAUCGCGUCUCCAUGUGGGUGGUGAUCCUCUGCGCACUGAUCCUGUUCAAGAUCCUCCGCCGAAUCUUCCACCGCGACGAUGCCUUCCCGGACAUCGACAGCUCCGAUUCUGACGCUAGCUUCGCCGUCGCCGCCAGAUUGGAGAAGCUCUACGGCGGCAAGGCGUUCGUCGGGCUUCGGAUUCCCGACGCCGAUGCCGGUGUUCGACAGCACAUAGAUGUCGUUCUUGUUACGAAGAGGGAAGUCAUGGUGGUGGCAGUUCGGAACUUCUCUGGUUUUGUGGAGAUUGGUGGAAAUGAGAACUGGGUCUGUACCAGUGACAAGAAGCACAGGCCUCAGUCCCAUCCGGAUCCGGUCCUUGAAGUUAGCAAACAAGUAGCAGUUAUUGAAUCAUACUUGGAACAAAGAGGGGUCCCUUUGCCCAAAGGACAUGUAAUUGGCCAAGUCAUACUUCCACAUCCAAAUUGCAGGCCCGCCUAUUCUAUUUCUUCCCAACUAGAGGUGGUUUCUUUUGUUAAAUGGAGAGAGCUCAAGCCAGAACCACGAAGUGGAUUGUCCAAUUGGAUCAAGGGAGCAGUUGGCAAGAGUGACAUGCAAGAUGGAUUCUGUGAGAAACUUCAUUUUAUCCUGAGUACAUCACCAAUGUGGGAUCGCUUAGAACUUCGAGGUGACAGAAAUAUUCUUGGUGAGUUCGUCGAGUUUAAGGGAAACAAAAAUGACAUGCAAGCUUUGAGAAAUGUGAAGAGGUCAAAAGUUGGUCGAUUCAUCGUCCAAAAGCCAUCUAUGUUGGGUUUAGGUAGAUCGAGGCUCCAGGUUCUAUAUUUCCCCCGUGAUUAUCGAGGUGAAGGUGCUUCUUCAUUGGAAUGCAAGGAAAUUGCGGUCAAGCCAAGUACGGAGGUCCUUUUCCAGCAGAUGAACUCCAAGAAAGCGAAGAAAUUUAAGCUUUCAAGCAUUGUGUCUGUGACUCUUAGUGGGUAGGCAGGGCUAUGACAUGCUACUUGCGAGAACUCUGUUAUUGGUCGUGUAUAUGUAACCAACAUCUAUAGUUGCUUCACCCUUGUUUUCAGAAACGAAGUACAAUCUAUAUAUCCACAUGCAAUCCUUUUCCA